AUGCUGCACAUCUGGCUGAACAACUCAAAACAACUUGGCCUUAAAUCCUUGGUGCAGAUCUCUUUGCACAAAGAUUCCCAUAUGUAUCAGAGUCAUACUGUGGCCAUUCUUACUGAUUUAUCAAAUAGAUACCUUGCUUUGGAGAUCUUUAAGGAGGGUGGGCUUGCUUCAUCUAAAUCAACAUUAACAAACUUCAAGCAGAAUUCUGAAUUUUACUUACUGUUACCUAAUUUCAUCUUCAUAAUCUGUGAAUUUGGAACUGGCCACAAGCUCAACAUUGGUGGAUUUCAUAAUAUUAACGGAUACCAACCAUUUAGAGCAGUAAGUCUGCUGUCUGUCCCAGAGAACAAAGCUGUCUGUCCUGAGCAAUUGAUCAUGGCAAUUUACGAUGUCAUCAGAAAUGUAAGAAAAUGGCUGUUCCCUCACAUCCUUGUUAACAGAGUAUUUUACCGAACAUUACUGAUCUUUGCCGAUCUGUUAGAUUGUUCACUUCCUUUGGUAUUUCUAGAACUCAGCUGCAGGAAGACAAUGAUGUUUGAAUGUUUGAGGAUGCCAGUAAAGCAAGCUGAGGAAGUAACGAAGAAGAAAACAAGAGUAACAAAUAAGAAUAAUAUGUGGAUAUUCAGGAAGUAUCCCCAAUUCGGGUCUUCUUUAGAAACGAUGGAAGUAUACCCCUGUGUCCCACAAACAGAAAAUCUGAAAAGUGAGAAAAAACCCAAACUAGCCUGCGCGCUGGAGCUUCUCACUCUCGCUCGCCCGCCCACUCCCUUGCUAACUCGCGCUUUCGCUCGCGCUCUCCUCGCGGAUCGAAGGGGCUCUAGCCACAGCCUCUGGCUGGGAAGGGAGACAGAGGCGGCGGCUCAGGGGGAACGAGGCUGCAGUGGUGGUGGUGGGAAGGUGUCGGGCGAGGACGAGCAGCAGGAGCAAACUAUCGCCAAGGACCUGGUCGUGACCAAGUAUAAGAUGGGGGGUGACAUCGCCAACCAGGUACUUCGGUCUUUGGUGGAAGCAUCCUGCGCAGGUGUGUGGGUACUGAACCUGUGUGAGAAAGGUGAUGCCAUGAUUAUGGAAGAGACAGGGAAAAUUUUCAAGAAAGAAAAAGAAAUGAAGAAAGGUAUUGCCUUUCCCACCAGCAUUUCAGUAAAUAAUUGUGUAUGUCACUUCUCUCCUUUGAAGAGCCACCAGGACUAUAUUCUCAAGGAAGGUGACUUGGUAAAAAUUGACCUUGGGGUCCAUUUGGAUGGAUUCAUCGCUAAUGUGGCUCACACUUUCGUGGUUUCGGUUGAUGUAGCUCAGGGGACCCAAGUAACAGGGCGGAAAGCAGAUGUCAUUACAGCUUACCUUUGUGCUGAAGCUGCCCUACGCCUGGUCAAACCUGGAAACCAGAACACACAAGUGACAGAAGCCUGGAACAAAGUUGCCCACUCGUUCAAUUGCACACCAAUAGAAGGUAUGUUGUCCCAUCAAUUGAAGCAGCAUGUCAUCGAUGGAGAGAAAACCAUUAUCCAGAAUCCCACAGACGAGCAGAAGAAGGACCAUGAAAAAGCUGAAUUUGAGGUACAUGAAGUAUAUGCUGUGGAUGUUCUUGUCAGCUCAGGAGAGGGCAAGGCCAAGGAUGCAGGGCAGAGAACCACCAUUUACAAAAUGGACCCUUCUAAACAGUAUGGCCUGAAAAUGAAAACUUCGCGUGCCUUCUUCAGUGAGGUUGAAAGGCGUUUUGAUGCCAUGCCAUUUACUUUAAGAGCAUGUGAAGAUGAGAAGAAGGCCCGGAUGGAUGUGGUGGAGUAUGCCAAACAUGAACUGCUGCAGUCAUUUAAUGUUCUCUAUGAGAAGGAGGGUGAAUUUGUUGCCCAGUUUAAAUUUACAGUCCUGCUCAUGCCCAAUGGCCCCAUGCGGAUAACCAGUGAUCCCUUUGAACCUGACCUCUACAAGUCUGAGAUGGAGGUCCAGGAUGCAGAGCUAAAGGCCCUCCUCCAGAGUUCUGCAAGUCAGAAAACCCAGAAAAAGAAAAAAAAAGAAGGCCUCCAAGACUGCAGAGAAUGCCACCAGUGGGGAAACAUUAAAGAGAAUGAAGCUGGGGACUGAGGUGGGUCCCAUCUCCCCAGCUUGCUGCUCCUGCCUCAUCCCCCUCCCACCACACCCCAGGCU